UGGUCUUCCUGGUCCUCAGCUCCGCCUCGCCUCGAUCUGGCCGGACAGGGGAACCACUUCACAGUUAAAGAACAAAAGCAACAACGGGAGGACCGAGUGGCACAAAAUAACGGCGGCUCGGAUUGAGAGUCUCACGGAUUGGAGCUUUGUGCCGUCUUCGGCAGGAAUUAGCCGACGACUGAACUCCUAGAAAACGCGACAAACUUGGUCGCCUCGGAUCUUUGUAUCCCGACCAUAAUCCGUCGAGGUGCUUGAUAAAUAAGACAAGGGUCAAACAAACGGACGGACGGUAUCGUUUCCCAGCUCUGCCUUUAAACUUCGGCCAUAUAAAGCGGGGUGCCAGGGGGGAAACCUGUUUUUCUUCGCUUUUCCUUUCGCUCAAACGGACCUCGGGAAUAAAAAAAGGCUUGUUUGGCAUUUUUUGGUGAAAGCACACAUUUUGAUAGCCCAGAUGGCUACAUACACUGAACAUAACGGCAGACAUGGACUACCUUUGGACAUGAAGGAGAUGCUAGAAGAAAAAGUAAAGACAGAAUGUGAAGAAAACCUUGAAUCCAAAUGCUCAUCCAAGGAUUUGCGUGACUCUCCCUGCUCAGCUGAAAGCAACACAAGUGGAGUGGCUAGUUUCACCACCAACCACAACUCGGUUGUGUGCCUGCCUCUAGUGUCAGAGGGACUGAAACUGGUAUGGACACAGUCUGAUCAGACCCGUGAACUCGACACCAUCCCAGAGCUGGUCAAAGCCUUUAAUUUAUUUCCCUACCCGUCGUCUCGGGAAGUUAGCGCUCUAGCCCGGGUCUGUGCCUUGCCACUGGACAAAGUUAAAGUGUGGUUUAUGGUGCAGAGAAUUAAAUAUGGAAUUAGCUGGUCCUCUGAAGAAAUUGAGGAGACACGGCGAAAGCUGGCAGUGCCUGAGCUUUGUGAUGACUCAAUUGAAACAAAUGAGGAAGACAAAACGAAAAACAACAUAAGUUAUGAGGAAUUGGUCAUUGAAGACAAGGAUAGUGAAGAAGAGGAGAGUGCUCCUUCCAGCUUCCCACCUCAGACAAACGGCCCAAAGUGUGAGUCACUAGAUUCAUACAAGCCAGCCAAAUCCAGCACACCGUGUUUCAGCUCAACCCUCCCACCACCUCAGGAUUCGUACUUCUACCGCCCACCAGCAGACACACCAGCAGCCGAUGUUUCCUUUGACCUUUCAGACUCUUCUUCACGACAGCACCGCCAUGGACGCUACAAAAAGUCUAAAGCUCAGCUUGCUGCCCUUCGCAAGAGUUUUCUAAGAGAGAACUGGCCUGCAGAGGCAGAGCUUAGACGCUUGCAGGAAGAAACGGGGCUGAGCCGUAACGACAUUCGUAAAUGGUUCAGUGACAGUCGUUACCAGCUGCGCGUUGGUCGAGGAAGCCUGGCAGCAGCCCAAAACUUUUCUCAGCAAGCUGCUGUGGGAAGUAAACAUGAUCAACAGUCUCAGCCUCUUCCACUUAUUACUCAAAAGUCUCGUCAGCUGAAUGGGGCGAAAGGCCAUGAGUCAGCACGUAGCAAUGGGAUUAGAAAUUCACACUUCUUCCAGACCUUUUUGUCAAAUAGCCUGGAGGCAUUUGGGGAAAGGGUUCUUGAGGCACAAGGGCACGAUGUUAUUGAGGAUCUUUCUGGUGAAGGAGACAGUUUCAAAGAUGAGGAACAGUGUGAUGAACGACCCUUACAGUUGACAAAGACUUGCAAGAUUGAGCCAGAUGUUCCCCUGGAACCAUUAAGUAUAUCCAAAUGCUCACCUUAUUCUUCCCCCUCAGACAGCCCACCAUUGUCUGUCUCACCUAACAAACCAUUUUCAAACAAAAUCACCACAUCAAAGAAGCUAGGCCAGUCAGCCAAAACUAGUCCCUCCACAUCUACAUCCCCUGCCCUCACUCCUGCUGGGCGACCAAGAAAGACCAAGGAGCAGUUGGAUGUGUUAAAGCAGCAUUUCUUGCGUUGCCAAUGGCCUAAGAGUGAAGACUACACUGAACUUGUUAAGCUUACUGGUUUGCCGCGGGCAGAUGUUAUUCAGUGGUUUGGGGACACGCGCUAUGCUGUCAAAAAUGGCCAGCUGCGCUGGGUGAAGGGGGUCCGUGAUCAGUUCUUGGCAGAGCUGGCUGCCCAGCAAAGCAGCAGCGGUUUAACAAAUGGAAGUGGAACAUCCUCUCGGCCCGGGGGUAGCCGUAAACGAAAAUCUCAAGCAAAUGGAAGGAGUGCAGAUUCCCCGGAUAUCCAGCCGUUGGUUAACUAUUACCUUUCAAAUGGCACACUACAUGAAAAAGACCUUGAUUCUCUAUGCAAGAAAUCGAGAAUGAGCUACCAGCAGGUGCGGGAUUGGUUUGCAGCUCAGGAUGUUGGGGAAACUGAGCAGGAAUCUAUUGUUGUUACUUAAUAACAUUUCUACAAGUUGAGGUGCUCUUCAAAUCAUUUGCACCAUGAAGCAUAAAUAUUACUUUGGUUAAUAUUGCUUUAACUGAGCAGGUUUGUAACAUUCAGUCUUCCCACUACAAGCCCAAAGUGAGGUUUGUGUUUUAUAUAUGUGCUGCAUUCCCUGCUUUCCCUAAUAUAUUUGGACUUGAAAUACCAUUGUGCUGCCUGCAUUACUGUAAAUAGCGCAGCAACUUGUACACUGGUUUGCUUUAAUUUUUGAGCUUAUUAUUUUUGUUUAGAUAUCACUACAGAAUUUCUAGUAUAUUAUGUAGUUUUAUAAUUUAAAUUGGUUGUAUAUUUGGUACCUGACUGUAGCAGAUAACCUACUGCUCCAUAAAAUGUCUACAUUGACAAAUUUGUUGACUGAUCACUGUGUGUAACCAUUCCUUUAUAGCCAACAAGUCCUCAUCAUGAAAAGCACACUGGACAUGCACACUUUAAAUUGACAUCUUGCACUUUGGUUGAUGAGCCUGCUGCCGUUAUGUUAAUUAAAUCCAAUUAUUUCACAGAACAUAAAUUUCCUAAUUGUACAGUGUUGUUCUUGAUACUUUUAAACUCUUCACUUUUCUUUUUAAGUUACAGAAAAUACAGCUAAAUUUUAAUGUCUACAGCAUAAUUUUGAAACACAUUCCUCAAUAUCCUUUUAGUGUCUCUGCUGUAAUUCUUAGUAAAUAAAUAGCUUGCAUACAAGUGCACCUUUGUGACAGUAA